AAGCACCUUGUAUGACAUGUGUCUAGUCGAACCCAAAGGCUCAUACUUCGUCAAUAUCGUUGUUUUGCCUCCCCGGAGCGUGCUCUUCUAUGUUGCUCUCCCCUUUAAGCGCAGGGCUGGGGCAGCUCCCAAACACCUAAAUGGCGAUUAUACCAAACCAAUGCUUCAGGCAUUUACGUAUCUCUCUGCCAUGUCUUCGAAAGCUUCCUUCAUCAUCUUCCUUCUCCUCUCUUUCUUGCUCUCUGGCCGAAGAAGACCUGGAACCGACCCACCCCGACUCAACCAUAGCCAGCAAGCCCAAUUCCUACUUCCCCAAGCGAGGCCAGACAUUGGAAUUAGUUUGUGAAUCUUUGGCUUUUAAAGGUAAGGGUCUGUGUAAGGUCACUGAUACUGGGUUCGUUGUUAUGUGCGACCGCGCGCUUCCUGGAGAACGAUUCAUUGGUCGAGUCACUCGCAAGAAGGGAAAUUAUGCCGAGGUGACUAAGCUAAAGACGAUUACUCCUCCUCGGGAUAUUGUAGAUGCUCCUUGCGAAUACGCACCCUAUUGUGGUGGAUGUAAAACACAAAACUUAUCUUAUGAGGCUCAGCUGAGAGCUAAGGAGGAGCAAGUCCGUGACUUGGUGGUACAUGUAGGAAGAUUUUCUCACAAGGAACUGGAGUUGCACAACGUUAUGAAGCCCGUUGUUCCGUGUGAUAUACAGUUUAAUUACAGAAAUAAGAUGGAAUUUUCAUUUGGUCCCCGUAAGUGGUUACCCAAAGAAUUAUUGCUGGAAAGUAAUAAUGGUAGUGGAAGCUAUGCUCUAGGAUUGCAUGCUCCUGGUUAUUUUGAUAAAGUUCUAAAUGUUGACAAGUGCUUCCUGCAGACUGCUCCUGCUAAUAAGGUUCUUGCAGCCGUACAAGAUUGUUGGAGAGACCCAGAACUUUGUCUUUCACCCUAUGAUGCUCGCUCACACUCUGGAUUUCUUAAGCAUUUGAUGCUAAGAACAGGAAGACAUGUCAGCACCGGCCUUCCUGAAGUUAUGGUCAAUUUUGUGACCUCUUCUUACAAGCCAGACCUGCUGAAGCCUCUAGUUGAUAAAGUUUCUGCAUUUCCUGAAGUGGUAAGUGUCAUGAACAAUGUAAAUACUUCUGUUGGUAAUACAUCUGUUGGGGAGGAAGAACACACUUUGUACGGGAAAUCUAACAUUACAGAGAUUUUGAGAGGGCUUACAUUCCAAAUAUCAGCAAACUCUUUCUUCCAAACAAAUACACAACAGGCAGAGGUAUUAUAUAAGCUUAUAGAAGAAUUCGCUGGCAUCAGGGGAGAUGGCUCAGAAAUUGUCCUUGACCUGUUUUGUGGGACAGGUACUAUAGGCCUGACACUUGCAAGAAGCGUCAGACAUGUUUAUGGCUAUGAAGUUGUCCCGCAAGCCAUUGCAGAUGCCCGUCUUAAUGCCAAGAUAAACUGCAUUGAAAACGCCAUAUUUGUCCAAGGAGAUCUUAAUAAAAUUGAUGAAAAUUUUGGGAAAAAUUUUCCUAAGCCAGACAUUGUAAUUUCAGAUCCAAACCGUCCAGGCAUGCACAUGAAGUUGAUCAAAUUCUUGCUAAAACUUAAGGCACCACGCAUAGUUUAUGUGUCAUGCAAUCCUGCUACAUGUGCACGUGACCUUGAUUAUCUUUGUCAUGGUGUGACACAGCAGAAUAUAGAAGGAUGUUACAAACUAACAAGUCUACAGCCAGUAGAUAUGUUUCCACACACUCCUCAUAUUGAGUGUAUUUGUCUACUGGAGCUUUGUUGAUCUUUACUUCAGAAAACCGUUCAAGGAUAGGAGACAACUAGCUUGAUAAUAGAUGCGAGUGAUGAUUAAUCUUCAAGAUGAUGGAGCAGAGUUAUAAAAUUAUUGUCCUGCAAGGUGAAACUCAAUUUUAUGUUUUGCUCCCCGAACUGUUGUUUCAGUCUAUGAAAGAUGUAGAAGGUAGGAUAUUCAAUCAUGCAUGUACAUUGUUGGAAAAUAUUUAUGUUUCUGCAGGGCUUCGAAGGAUUGGGCUUGUGCUGGCUAGUUUUCAAUUGUGCAUUAUGAUCAAUCCCAUUCAACUUGAUUAUUGUAUUCUACACUUUUCUGAUCCUUCCUUGCUCAAAGAAGAUAGAGGUGGAAGUCCAUUCCCUAACGUUAGAGGUUUGGGCAGAUUGUUUAAAAUGAUUCACUUGUGAAAUCUUAUUUAUUAGGAUUGUUACAAAAUAACUUUCAAGAGCUAUGCAGUUUGUCAUGCUGGGUAUCAAAAGGAGAGGGAAAAUGCUUCUGAUGGUGCAAAGACAAUACAUGAUUUGGAGAAUUAGAAAUUUCUUUCUGGCUUUCACAUAAUCAGGAGGGGCUGUGCCGUCCAUGUUGGAUUUGUUUAGCAUGUACUGGAAGGGUUUUGGCAAGGGGAAUGGUUGUAUUUUCUCUAGUGAAAACGUAUGAAAUUCUUAAGAUUCUUUCAGUCGGUCUCUCUGGUUGAGGAUCUUCUCCUGGCAGUCUACUGACACUCUGAGCUUAAGCAUUCUCACAUAAUGUCAUGGACUAUUCAUGAUAGCCUAGUUAGAGCUCUGGAAAAUUAAAUAUGUUUAUGGGAAAGUAAACCUAGCUUUCUUAUGAAAUUCAUUAAAUUCAUAACUUCUUAGUGUGUAAA